CGGUGAUUUGUUUUGUCAAAAUGGCAUCUUGAUUUCAUCGCGUAUGAAAAUAGUCAACUUCAACGACAAACAUAACAUUGCCGAGUGUCAUGAAAUAUUUACGCCACCUCCUAUGGAUAUAACUUCUUACAAAUGUUCAAGCACCAGUACCGGAUAUAUGCUCUUAAACUCAGUCUGGCGUUACAUUGAGAACCAUAAUUCGGUCGAUAACAAUAUCAAUCUGAGAGUGGUAAGUUUGUUGAACGACUUCGAAGAAAAUGAUUUUCGUGCUGCAUCAUUACAGGGAGGUUAUGCAACUUAUCAGGGGACUGAUAAGUUCUUAGAAUAA